AUGCGUCUCUGGUGGCUUAAGAUUGUAGUGGCGCUCUUAUCUAGCUGGGCUCUUAUUUCGUUGACAUGGGGCUCUUUUGUUAUAGAAGACUACGACGGUCUUAAAAUCGGGCUGAAGGCGUUGAGAAGUGAGGAAGAGGUCUCAUGGUUGUACGAUGAGUGGCAAUUGACGGUCGACAGGACGUAUGAGGAACCUGGGGAGAGAGAAAGGAGGUACGAGAUCUUCAAAGAUAACCUUCGUUUCAUUGACGAACACAAUCAUCCCAAGAACAACCACACUUACACCCUCGGCCUCAAUGAGUUGGCCGAUCUCUCUUACGAAGAGUACCAAGCCAAGUACCUCGUCCCUUGGAUGGGCGAGGACCCACUCUUUUCUUCUGGGCGUGACGAGCUUGCUGCCGAAGAGCUCAACGAUGGAGACCUGGAACAAAUACCCGAUUCCAAAGAUUGGCGGAUGAGUGGUUCGGUCAGCCCUGUUGUCAACCAAGGAUCCUGCGGUAAGUUGAUUUUCUUUUUCUUUUCCUCUCUCACUUGUGCAGCUGUGAACUUGUCUAGGCCUUCAAGAAGACUGGCUUGCCGUCUGACGGUAGCCAUGCUAAAACACGAGAUAUCACACGAAAUCCACACAUUAAAUAUCAUCUACUUCAGGCUUACGCAUACUAACUGUGAUAAAAGGGAGUUGCUGGGCUUGGGCUGCGGCUGGAGCUGUGGAGGGACUUCAUCACAUUCGUACAGGACAAAUGAUAAGAGUUUCCGCCCAGCAGCUUGUUGAUUGCGUGAAAAUGUGCCGGGGUUGCGAUGGAGGGAGGGCGACAAGAGCCAUGGACUAUAUUAGAAAGAAUGGCGGCGUCGAUUCCUUGGAAAAUUACCCCUACACCGGAAAAGAUGGCGUCUGCAGAAACAACAGAGUGAUACAGCUGAAUACUUGCCUACUCUUAAUUCUAACUUGUCCGAUUUUUUUUACAUCGGGGCGCCACUUGUCUUUCAAAUAUAACUCCUCUCUCUAUCAUAUCCUUUAAGGCUAAACUCGUCUCGAUUGAUGAGUGGAGACAAAUCAUCCCGAUUGCUGGUGAAAUGGAACUAAAACGGAUAGUCGCUAGGCAGCCAGUCGCGAUUUCGACAGAUGCAGAGGCGAGGGAGUUUCAAUUGUACAAAGGGGUAAGAAAUACUGCGUACUACAGAUCUUUACAAACCCAGAUGAAUAAUUCAACUGUCGAUGCAUAGUAUAUUUGACACAAUGAGUAUAGGAAUUUAUUCACGAAACUGUUGUUUACACAAGUAUUAAAAUACGAUUCUUUCUAGGGGAAGAUAAUUUCCGGGCGCCUGGAAAUGAAUGAGAAUGCAAGACCCUUUUACCAACUAUAAAUGUUGCAUUAGACGUUUUUUAUUAUUGUAUUAGUAUCCCAUUGAUCAAAGAAUAUUGUCUAAAUGUAUUAAUAUCAUAACUACCAGGAAGGUUAGUGUUGUUUUAACUUCUGUGACAGGAAUGCAUGCUAAUAAUUUGACCAAAUUUAUGUAUUUAUAUAGAAUGACGUUCAUCUAUGUUUAUAUCUGAUGUUCUUAGAUUGUAUUUAUUCAAUGAUUAAGAUUUUGAUUGAACAUGAGUACAUAAAAAAAUCUUAAGAUUAGGUUUCUCAAAUUGAUGUGGGAUUGUUUUCAUGGAUUGCCUGAAUUAUUAGAGGAGAUAAAUUGAGUUUAGUCUCUUUUUUUAUGUCAUUUUAAAUAUGUAAUAUAUAACAAUGUGUGAAAGCUUUUGACAAUCUUAUUAAUGAGGGUAUGGAACUAUCCUUUUGUCUUUUCUAUUUUCCUUGGAACAAAAAAAAUGCUAGGUAAUUGGUGAAAGAUUCCUUUUUUGAAUUUGAUGGGCCUACCAAUAACAUUGUCUAUCAUAAGGUGCUUCAGUAGAUGCUAACAAUCCAGAAUUAAAUGUCAGUAUUAUAGAAUUUAGUUGAACCCCCUUUCUAACGUGGAUUGUUGUAACUUAAACAUCAAGAUGUAAAAUUGACGAAAUGUAGUCUUCAGUGAUAUAAUAGUAUCAUGGCAAGGAUUCAUUAAACUCAAAACUUUAUGGGAUUCAAUGGGCUAACAAUCAGUCACAUAGUGUGUCCUCAUUAGUGUCAUUGCACAAAAAAAUUGUCUUAUGUAAAUUAUAUCAAAUAUGGAACUUGACUAGCAAUGAAAUGAGGUGCAUGCACACUUUUUUGACUCCAAAGAGUUUUAUUUUACAUUUUACAUUAUUAUGAUAAUAAUUAUAUUUUUUUAUGACUUGAAUGGAUAGCUUGAUAUUGUAUUGGAUCCUUCUAUGGUACACAAAUGAAUAAUUGUUUUCAAAAUAACAAUAUCAUAUGCCCUUAUUUUAAAAUGUACAUGAUGAAAUAUGUUUUUCAAUAUAAAAUUUCAUAAAUAAAUAACAAGUCUUCCUGUAUCUAUUAGAUAUAAAAAAAAUUGAAAUGUAGUUUCUAAUGGUUUAUGUUUUAUCUAGUGUUAUUCCUUUUUUUUGUUAACUAUAUUCUACAUUGUAAAUGUAGAUAAAAGGAAAAUGUGAAAAAUUUUCUUCCUAUGCAGGGCAUAUUCAAUGGCAAGUGUCAGAUAAAGACAAAUCAUGCCAUGGUUGUUAUAGGAUAUGGUUCUGAGAAUGGCCAAGACUAUUGGUUAAUCAAAAAUACUUGGGGCUUUAAUUGGGGAGAACAUGGAUAUGUGAAAAUGGCACGCAACAUCAAUAGCAAAAAAGGAUUGUGUGGUCUUAUGACUCAUGCUGUAUAUCCGAUAAUAUCGUAA